AUGCAACAUUCACAGAAUAAUAAUUUAAUUAAUACCGAAAAUAACCUUAAUUUUAUUGAAAACGAAAAACUUCAACCAAAAAUUCAACAUGAUCCUUUAUCACGUGGAAUAGGUGUUUUUCCUAGUGAAUACAGUGAACCUAUACCCAGUGCAAUAGAAGAUGAUAACCAUCGUUUGAUACGUCGCUCGAGUAGUAAGUCAAACGACGAUAUUACAUCACCUUCGGUCCCACCAUACGACAUUGGUCAAUCCGGAUAUGACUUGACAGAAGACGAUGAUGAUAAUGAUGAGAACGAGGGUCCACUUGAAGCUCUAAAACGCCAAGAAGAUGCAAAAAGAACACCUCUACAAAACAAGUUAUAUUAUUUCUUUGAAUUUCCGAUUUCAAACUGGGCUAGGGCGUAUUCUUGGCUUUCUUUGACUAUUAAUUUAGCUUCUAUUUCUAUUCUUUGUAUUAAUUCGGAACCUAUUAUUAUGAGUCAAAAAGAUUAUGAUCAAAUUUGGUAUUGUAUGGAUAUUGCAUUCUAUUCAUCAAAUCCGUUGAGUCCCGUUUUACGUUUCGUCGGAAUACUUCGGUUGUUUAGAGUUGUUAAGUUAUUACGCAUUUCCAGGACUGCAAAUGGUUUCGGUUUUAAUUUUUCUACUCAAGUGUUUAUUCGAUCUUCUUAUCAAUUAUUGAUUGGUGCUAUAUACGUGUUAAUCAUUAUAAUUGUAUCAUCAGUAUUUAUUUAUUAUGCUGAACGUGGUGAAUUUAAUACUGAAAGUAUGACUUGGUAUCGUUAUAAUGAAAAAGGGCAGCUAGAGCGUUAUGGUGAUGUUAUUCCAGUUACUAGUAUAGGAAAAUUAAUUGCUGGUUUAACCAUGUCUCUCGGUAUUUUGGCUAUCGCUUUACCAACAACCAUAAUUGGCUCUAACUUUAUGGAUGAAUGGUCUCUUCGACAGCGGGCGAAAGUUCUAAAAAGGAUACAUAAAUCACAUAAACAACGGGACAAAUCAUUUGCCAAUCUUAAUAAUAUAGCGAGGUCAAAAGCCCUUCAAAUCGAAAAUACUACAAUACUUGAACUUAUAUUAGAAGUUCAAGACCGCUUGGCUGAAAUAAAUCCUCCUGACUAUUAUAUUAGAUAUAAAGAUUAUAAAGAAAAGCAUAAACAAGCUUGUGAUAGAAUACAUGAAUUAGAGCGCCAAUUAGAAAAACAGAAACGUAUUACAAACAAUUUUGAUAUUUUCUAUAGAAAAUUUAAAAAAUCUGAUGAUAGUAACAUUCCAAAAGUGGAUAAUGAUUUUAACAUUGGAUAUAAAAAGAAAACACUGAACUUUCCACAUUUCAGGAAAUCAAGAACUUUUUCAAAUUUUGGGGACACCUAUGCUACAUUCCAUACAAAUCCUAUCUACGGUGGAAGUAGAAAUAUUGACCCUGAUAACCAAUCAGAAACAAAGCCAAAGAUUGCAAAGAUAUUUUCAAUUAAUACUCUAAAGAAAAAAAUUGCAAGAACUUUUUCCAUUGAACGUGAUGCUAAAAGUUCAAAGCAUAGAAAUCAUCCUGUUGAUAAAAUUGAAAUCAGUCAGCCUGUAGAAAUUCGCCCAAUAUUUACACCUAUUACUGACACUAGUAGUAUAACUAGUGUAAAUUCAAGCAUUACACCACCGCCUAAGGAGAAACGCCCUCAAUAUCGCAGAAAUAUCAGCUCUCCUGAAAUUACCGUAAGGAGCCCAUCCGCAGAUGUAUAUUCUGGUGGCUCUGUAAAUCUAGCUGUCAAUAAUAAUAGGCAAAGAGGGGUUUUCAUUCAGGAUACUAAUUCUAAUUACCCGAUUCCUCUUGAUAAUAUAAGGCCUUCACGUAUUAUUAAGGUCGAUCAGGGCGAAUUACAAAAGAGCACUAAUCUGUCUAGCCAUAAUA